CAGUGGUUAUAACGGGUAGCGCGAGACGGGAGCGCGCGCACAGUGCAACGCGUGUCGGGAGCGCAGCGGAUGUUACACCCAGCUCGCCGAAUGGAAAUGUCUUUUUGCCCCAUUUGAUCAUUUGCGUUUUUUUUGUUUGUUUGUCUUCUUUUUUUUAACCUUUACUUUUUGGGCUUCUUGGUGUUUCAUCAUCAUCUUCCCAAUCUUUUCCUUUUUUUUUUUUCCUCCUUUAUUUUUCUUUCUGUUUCUCUCUCCAUCCUCCGUUUGCGCUUCGGUUCCGGGUGGGAUCCGGUGCAGCCUGGACGGCGGCGCUUGAUGGGUCGCGGAGAAUGGCCCCGUUCCGGCCUGUGAGUCGGCCUCAGUCGGUGUACCGGGGGGUGAAAAACUGACAUGGGUCCCGCGGCGGUUACGGGCGCAGCAGCGGAGCCGCGGCGCUCAUGGAGCCGCGCUGCCAGAGACUGGCUGUGGGUCGCCGUGGUCUCCCUUCUCGCUACUUUCCCCGUGCAGCGUCUCCGCGCGUUCCCGUCUUCCCUCAGCGACUGCCAGACGCCCACCGGGUGGAACUGCUCGGGUGAUGAUGACCGGGAUACAGAUCUCUUCCUGUGUGACACCAACACUUGCAAGUUCGAUGGCGAGUGUCUCCGAAUCGGGGACAUAAUCACCUGCAUCUGUGACUUCAAGUGCAACAAUGACUACGCCCCAGUGUGUGGCUCUAAUAACAAGUUCUACAACAACGAGUGUUUGCUCCGGAGAGAUGCCUGCAAACAGCAGACUGAGAUCCUGGCGGUGUCUGAGGGACCCUGUCCUAUCGAGGCAGGAUCUGGAUCUGGGGAUGAAGGGAACGAGGGCUCAGCUGAGAAUGGACAGAAGGAGACGUCCACCUGCGAUAUCUGCCAGUUCGGGGCCGAGUGUGACGUGGACGCCGAGGAUGUAUGGUGUGUGUGCAACAUCGACUGCUCCCAUAUAAGCUUCAACCCGGUGUGCGCGUCCGACGGCCGCUCGUACGACAACCCGUGCCAAGUGAAAGAGGCGUCGUGUCAACGGCAAGAGCGCAUCGAAGUCAAGUUCCUGGGCCACUGUCAAGGUGACAUGAUAACGGGGAACAAACCCGGGGAUGGUCACUACGCCAGAGCCGACUUGCCAGGUGCAGAAGCCGAAGUGUCUGAAGUGGCACGAGGAAUUUACAUCCCGUGUCCAGAGCACUACAAGAACUAUUGCGUACACGGAGACUGUGAAUACCCCAACAUGCUCUCCACUCCAUCCUGCAGUUGUCACUCAGGCUUCAGUGGCCCCCAGUGUGACACCAAGGAGUACAACGUGCUGUACGUGGUGCCGGGUUCUGGAAAAGUCCGUUACGUCCUAAUCGCCUCCAUCAUCGGAGCCCUGCAGGUGGCCAUCAUCUGUGUGGUGGUGCUGUGUAUCACCCGAAAGUGCCCACGGACUAACCGUAUCAACCGUCAGAAGCAAAACGUCACGCACUACAACUCGGAGAACACCCUUCGCGCCUCCACCCGCCUCAUCUAAGCGUCGGGAGAAGCCUCCCAGUCGUGGGGAUGUGUAGUCACAAGAGAUUAGAGAUCCAGCCGCUCCCUCCUGCCUCCUGGUGCAACACGACGGACCAUCCCGGACUACUGCACUACUAGACAGAGGGGAGGGGAGGGGUGAUGGUGGGGUUGUAGGUGAGGCUGAGGGGGGUGGGUGACACGCGGUGCCUUCUACCUGUGGCACAGGACACAAACCCGAGAGGAUCUUAGGACAUUACGUUAGGACACGUCCUAUAUUUGGUUAUGUAUGGGUAAUAUUUCCACUAGUUUCUUUGUUUUGUCUUGGUGGGGUCCUUUUUCUGUAAAUGUAAAUAAAUAAUUUAUAUCACAAAACAGAUAAUAGCAUGCAACUGUAUUUUUAUGGCGGGUGCCAGUUUGGCAAGAAUAGGGGUUCGUAACUUUUUUUAUAGACAACACUACAUCUGUGGAUUAAUGUCAAGUUUAGACGGAUGAUUUUUUUUUGCUAUAAACACCGUCUCUCGAGCCUGAUAUAUAUGAUACGUUAUGUGUUACACCUGUUCUGACCACUAGGGGGUAGACUUUGUGCAAAAUAAUGUAACUUCUUGUGCCUUAGAUCCAGAGCUUAUCGGAACUGACCCAUUAAAAAUGCAAAUCCAGUUGUGACAUUAUAAUCGACAUUGGUACAUUGGUAAUCUUAAACGAUAUUUGCAUACACAACGCACCUCACAUGGCAAAAAAAGAAAGACGGCACUCAAUGAAUGAAUUUGAGAAAAUCAUACA